CGUUCCCCGCCGGAUCAUCAUAGAUGUCGGAGGGGAGCGACGGUAAGAUGGCAGCGGCCGUGGUGCAGAUGUGCUGCCGGUACCGCGGCCUGUUGGCGGUCAGAGCCUCCGGCAUCAGGCCGCUGAUCCCCGGGCUGCUGCCGGCACACUUCCGAGCCUUCUCGGUGCGGAAAGAGCCGGAGCUGGAGGAGAACCCGUACUACAACAAAUACCAGGACAAGAUCCAGAAGCUGCGCAGCACCAAACCACAGGAGUACAAAACCCGACUGGAGAAGCGGCACGAGGCCAAGAAUGAAGUGCUCGGACACUCGAAGCAGGCGGAGUUCGUCAGGCUCAUGGAGCAGGAGUUGGAGAAAAGGGACCAGAUGGCUGCUGACGGAGCAUCGGGGGGUUUCACAAAGAACAAGACGCUGGGCUCCAUCCUCAACAUGGAGCUGAUCAAGGACAAGACGGGGGAGGAGAUCUCAGAGCUUUGGAUGAAAUAUUAUUCGAACAAGGACACAGUCAGCGCCGCCAUCCCGGCUCCGAUCUACGAGUUGAUUUUCAACAGAUCGCAGUCCUGCCAGAUGUUCCUCUACGCUUUGCCUCAGAAGGAGGGUUAUGAGUUCUUCCUGGGUCAGUGGUCCAGACACGAGCUCCACUUCACCUCCCUCAUCAACGUCCAGACGAUGGGCGAGAACGCUCCCAGUCAGCUGAUCCUUUACCACUACCCAGAGCUGAAGGAGGACAAGGGCGUGGUCCUCAUGACUGCAGAGAUGGACCCCAAGUUCAUAACCGUCCACCAGGCUCAGUGUUUGGCCAAUCAGGUUCAGCUGUUCUACGGCACGCAGAGGCAGGAGACGUACCGAUUGGUCGAGGCAUUUAACCACCACCCUGCAGAGUUCAAACACAUGUCAGUGAUAGCCGAGCUGGAACAGAGCGGCUUGGGGGCGGCCGUCACCCCCGGAGGAUCGCAAGGGAACUAAGAGAUGGACUGAAGCUGGAACUUUUAGUUUCAUACAUGCUCCUUUCUGCUCAGCACUUUCCACUGGGAGGCACCUGUUCUUCAAACCUCGUGAAGUGUUUUGGACAAAAGUAUUGAAAUGGAGCAUCUGUAGCUUCUCAUGAACGCUGUCUAAGGACUGUAACGUCUGCCACACAUCUUUUCUUCGUGCAUAAAGCUGUGACCACAGGAGAAUAAUGCGGUAUCAUGAAUAAAUGUAUCCUACUCUCUGUAUUAGACUUUGUAGCCCAGGAGCUCUCCCUGAAAACCCGAGACGUUUAAUAAAUCAUCUGCACAAGCUCAAAUCAAA